UUCAGUUUUUAAUUUCAGUGACUGUAUGUUUGUGCUUAUUCGUGUCAUUAUUUAUUUCGUUGUUACUUUAUUCGAGCGUUUUUGAGCUUUUUACGUUUGACUACUCUGUCAGGAACGCGCAUCAUCCUUAGCACCACGUGCGUUCGCCACGUCAACACGGAAGUUGGAGGGAGAGGAAAAAGGGGUAGAGGGAGGAUGGAAGAAAUGAAAAUGAUGGCGACCGCCGCAGAAGAGAUUAAAGAGCCACCGUGCCAUUGUCCCGUCGUCGACACGAGCCCGAGCUUAGUGUUCUUCACAGUGAGGCGGAAACAUAACAUGAAAUGGAAGUCACGUUUCAUUUACCUGCAGUGCUAUUUUUUGACAAUUGCAACAAUACUGGGAACUGGAAUUUUAGGUCUUCCAGUAACAAUUGCUCAUUCCGGGCUGGUGCCUUUUCUUAUCUCCUUCCUCAUUGGCUUUUGUGUGCAGGCGCUGCUUAUUUACCUGUUUGUUGAACUUCUUCAAAAGUGUCAGGUGGUACAACUGGAGUCUUUGAAGAAGGCUGCCUCUGAGUGUAUAGUGCUAGAUCAGGUCAAUGUGCAACAUGCUACUCUCACGGAGGAUGAAGACGAAGAUGAGAGCGACAAUGCAGAAUCAGAUACAGGGUUGCUGCAGCCAGAGUCCGUUGAUCUGCAGAACCAGGAAGAAGACCUUCAGCCCAACCUUCAUCUACUUGGCCAGCUCUUCCUCUCAAGACCCAUGAGUCAUGCAUUCAACUGUAUCCUGCUCUUUCAGUUUAUUUCUAUUGGGACCAGUUAUGUCCUCGCUGGCAGUGAGGCCUUUGCUGCUCUCCUCAAUGUUAGACACAUCUACAUAAUCCCCGCCUUCACCUGGAUUCUAACCCUGGCAAUCCUGCUGGGCCAUAAAUUCAUUCAGCCUGUUACUUCCUUGCUCACUCUACUGAAGGGAAUCCUGCUCAUUGUCACGGUGGCUGUGACAUUAGCGGUGGGAUCAGAGGUUGGACUUGAGAGCAGUAGUGACUUCCGUCAUAUUGGGAAACCUUUCCUAAUGGGCACAGUUGCACUGGGAGGGAUUGUGAACGUGAUGCCUUUGUUAUUCUCACAGAUUGAACACAACAGAACGCAGAUCAUAUGGUUUCGGAGAGCAAUUCUAUGUGGUUUGAUGACCUGUACGGUACUUAACAUUCUCUGGUGCUGGGCAGUGCUGGAAAUAGUUCCUCAGACUUCAUCGCAACAGAGGCAUGAGACACUGGAGACGACUUCGCAGAAUCUCACUGGUAGCCUGCGAGGACCCCAAACAUCGUCUAAAGUUAUGCUGUACUCUAACAUUUCAUUGGAUGAGUCAGAGAAAGCCGGUGAGAUUGCAACCAUUCCUCUGACUAAGAUUAUCAGUGAACGGUACAAGUCCUAUGCCUGGGUGGCCCAGCUGAUCCAGGUGUUUAUUGCCAUCAGUGUCAGUGUGUCCUUCCUGGUGAUGGGAUCUGCCAUGAAACACACCAUUGAUGGUCUGGUGAGCUCGUGUUUUAGCAAAAACAUCCAGUGGCUCUCCACAGCCUUAGAGAAUAACCAGAUGAACAGACAUCAAAUGUGCACGGCAAGAAGUACAGUCAAAGGAUUGGCAUCGCUGUUGGCCUUUGUUGUCAUUUUCAUUGUGUCGGUGUUCGAUCCUAAGGGUUUUGUGGUCAUUCUGGAUAAAGUGGUGUCGUUCUCUCUCAACACUGAAGUGGGUCUGUUUAUUUUCAUCAUGCUGAGAGAGUCCAGAGAAGAUCGAUACCAACACAUUGGUGUCCCUCUGCCAGUGGGAGACUGCGUCUUCAGCCUCACGUGGCUGCUGCCAACCUACUUCUUGUUUGCAGUGACUUUUGAUGCCCUGCAGAGUCUGGCUGACAUCGUUCAUUUUUACCUGCCUUUCCACAGUCACGACCAUGUAGCACACGAUCCCUGAUGCAGAGCUGUGAUCGUACGUUCAGUCCUAGACACCAGAACGAGUAGAAUUUGCCAAAUAAAAAAAUGCGUCUUUUAGUAUUAUGUAAUCGUAGAGUUUUUGUGAACAAUUUUAUGUUAUUUAUUUAUGUUAUAGGCAGGAAGUAUGAAAUUAUGAAGUUAUUUUCAGAUGAGUUAGUUGUAGAAGGUGCUUCUGUAGGCUCUUUAACGAUAUUAUGUAGUGUUUUAUUACGUUGACGGUAAGACAUGUAGUCAGUUUGAAGUUUGCAUUUGUAAUCAUGCUGUAUGAUGUAAGUAGAUGGAUGACACGGAGAGGGAAAAAAACAGUUUUUUUUUUAUGUUUUUCUUAAAACUCUUCUUUUCUUUGUAGCUAAAGUUCUGUUCCUGAAGCACCAGUAUGCUAAUGCUAAUGUAACUGUUUCAUAAGAGAAGCACAGAAAUAAAAACUGACAACUCAAAAUAGACUUUAUUGUGCGCAGUUUUUGUUUUAGUUUUGUUUGUCAGUUUGUUUGAUUGUCUUUUACUGAUCAGAAGUAAACCGUUACAGAUGACCGUCAUGUAAGUGCACAGAAAAAAGAAAAAUGUAAAUGUAAUGUGUCUGGGAGAGGGAUGUAUGAAUGGAGGUGAAGUGAGUCACUUUCUGGGGAUGUGUAACACUCGUACUGCUCUCUACAUAUCAGAUUUCAAGCUUGAAUUGUGUUGAAAUGUUUAAAAUGUAUUGUAUUUUCUGGACGAUAAGUUGCAACCAGCCAAAAAAAAGAAUAAUGA